GGAGGCCCUGUUCCUGCUUCUCCUGUGGUUCGCAGCCGUGAACGCAGCGGCGAGCCCGGAGCCGCCGCCCAAGUGCGAGGAGCUGCGGCUGGGGCAAUAUAUGUGUGAUGAGCCUAAAAUAGACAAUAGCACACAGGAACCAAUGAAUUGCACAAAUCACACGGCAUAUGUUCAGUGCCUGCCAGCACCAAAUAUUACUUGCAGAGAUUACCUUGGCAUAGAAAAAGUCUUUACUGGACAGGAAGUUGGAUUUUACAAGCCUAUUGCAUGUCGUAAUGUUAAUGGAUACUCUUACAAAGUGGCAGUUGCUCUGUCCUUAUUCCUUGGAUGGUUGGGAGCAGAUAGAUUUUAUCUAGGCUAUCCUGCCUUAGGUUUGUUAAAGUUCUGCACUGUAGGAUUUUGUGGAAUUGGUAGCUUAAUUGAUUUCAUACUUAUUUCAAUGCAGAUUGUUGGACCUUCUGAUGGCUCUAGUUACAUUAUAGAUUAUUACGGAGCGAGGCUCACACGGCUCACUAUUACCAACACGACGUUCAGGAAAAUGCAGACCUACCCUUAACCCUGGCAAAUUUUCUUCAAAGUUCCUUGGAUUUACUGUGGGGAAAAACAUAGCAGGAACAUGUAAGAAGAGAUCACUGACUGCAAAGAACGGAGUGUUCACCUUGAGCCCGAAGAGACUGCCCGACAUAUGGAUUGUGUUGGCAGAGGCAGGAGCCCAGGGAAUGCAGAGGUGGGGGGUAAUUUUUAGGGCUUUCGUUCCAUGGUCCCAUUGAUUAUAACCCUAUUAAGAGGAUGAUGCAUGCGACUUUUAAGUUAUUUUGUUAACUAAGUGUAAGCAAUGGAUGUGUCAUGCUAACAAACAUAAUUGCUGGUGUGUCUAAUACAGUAUGAAAGUACAGUAUAGUGAAUUUAAAAGGUUGUGGUAAUCUAAGAAUGUUAAAAGGGAAAUGUGUGCCUGGGGGGCGUGGGGGCUGGGGAGAAAAACGACUUACUUGACAUUCACUGUCUUCCUCCCAGCUCCUUCACUAAAGUAGGAACAGAAUCGGAACAAAAAAAUGUUUGUUUUACAGCUGUACCAAGUUACGGCGUGGACUCGUGCUCCCCCCUCCUCUCCCACUUGCAUCAAGUACAUCCUGUACUUUUGGCAACAUGUUGACUGGAUAUUUAAAAGCUGUGAACUGUUCUGAAAGUUUCACAUACUGGGUUAUGGGCCAUGUGUGUUUGAUCAAAAUUCAAUUACUGCACUGUACCAUGCUUGGAAACCUAUCAUCCCAAGUUAUGAAGUAUGACGAAAUAGGCUAAUCUAAUUGGUUCAGUAUGGGAGCAGUAUCAACCAAGCUUGUUAUGAUAAAUAGCUUCCUGUGUUAAAGGUUCUCUAGAGCUUAAGUAUCUUGGCUCACCUCCCUCUACAAAAUAAGAAUAGUGUUCCCUGGGAACAGUUACAUCACUGUCCCUCUUCUACAUUCACAAUUAAAGGUUUGUGGAUUUUUUUUUUUUUUCAUCUUGCUGUUCCUUGAAUAGAUAAACUGCGGCCAUCUAUCCCAUUCCCCACUUCCAUCUCAUUCUCCUUCCCUCAGGUUAGCUCACUCUGUGCUUGCUGUGAGUCUACAUGUUCCGUUGCAGGGGUAGUAAGCUUGGCCAGGAUGCACAUCCCUCCUUGGGGCUGGGGCUCUUGUGCUGGGGUGUCAGUAUACAUGACGUGCACAUUCAUAUGAAGGCUUGGAAUUUUGAUGUCAAGUUAAAGGUGGAAGCAUUUCAAUCUUUCUAAGCAUCUAAUAAAUGAACUUUGUUUAAUGAAGUUCAUGCCUGUGGAUGUGCUGUUACCUUCUUAAAACUGGAAUUUCAGUUCAUCAGUAACUAACACAAAUCCAGUCUGCAAGUGCUGGAUUAUGGCUAGGGAAAGACUAUGUUCUAAGCCUGGAUUUGUAGGCACUAAAUUUGCCACUAAGACAAUGAGCUGUCUCCCACGAGAUGAUAGCAGCUUCGUGAUUUUAUCUGGCCCAUCCUUGACCAGCAGUACUUAGCUGGGAUUUGGAUGUCACAGGAACAGACAGCGUCAAGAGAAAAAACAUGGAAAAGUGGCUCCUAAUGCUCUGGCUGUCCAAUUUUUUCCUUCCUGAGCCACACCCCUGCAUGUGUCUUCUAAUUCAGAAAUCCCCCUCAGGCAAAAUAAUUGUGCAAUGACCAUUUUACAAAGGCAGAAUAUGGGCCCGGUCUUGCAAGUGUGUCUAACUUCGUGGAAAUUUCUCCCAAGAAUAAAGUUAUUCACAUACUUAAGAGUUGAUAGAAUGAAUCCUUAUGUAAGUGAGCCUUCGUAUUAGCCCCAAGACUGCCUAAUACCUAGAUUAAGCCUGUACGGUGAUUAAUGCCUGUUUACUAUAUCUGUUAUCCCACUGCAUUUUGCUCUUCAGCCUUGAUUAAGCCCUUUGCUUUACCAUUUAAAACGUCCUGCUUAACCUUCUGCUUACAAACGCACAUAGUGCUGAGCUCUGCAUUUUUAACUAGCACAAGUUCUACCAUAAAUAAUAGCAUUUAAUUUUAAAGUGCAGCAGCCACAGUCACCACUUGAUCAAAUGACAAAGAACAGCAACAGCAAACCAGAGAGCGCGGAAUUUUUCACAACAAAUAUCUGCAUUCACGUAAGAGAAAAAAAAUGCACCUUCCUGCUUCUGAUUAGCACUUUCUGUGCAGUCCUUUAUCGUGUGUGUUUAUAAAAAAAAUAUUAUCAAGAAUCUAAACACUGACUCUCUGUGAUUUCCCCAAACAUCUUUUGAAGGAGAUAAACUAGAUUAAUCUCUCUUUACAAAGUUCCCACAAGCAAGCUCACAGACACAGUAGCUUUACCUUCAAAAAUAGAAUGUGACUGUAGGCACUUAUGCUAAUCUCUUUUUUGGCAAAUCAGCUUUUUUGUAUUGAAUCUUACUUGAUUGAAUAGUACUGGAGCUGCCAGAGUAAAUGCUAUUAUCAAUGUACAGUAAUUAAGGAAAUAGUCCUUGUCACUCCAACAGUGUCCAGGCAUGAUAAAGAAAUCUCCUCAAGGUGUAGAUAGAGGAGCAAAGGUGCUCUUGAAUGCAGCAAAGCCAUGUGAUGUUGGGUUGCAGGUAAUGGGGAACCCAUACCAUAAAUGCCCGUGGAGCUCAUGUUAAAUGCAUGUGUGGCACUAAGCAUCCAAGUAGCUGCUCGGCACUAAAACACGUAAUUGUUUAAUUUGUCGUGUAAUUUCCUGACUCAGGGCAGUUGAGCAUCUUUCAGUCCCCACCCUUAAAAUAUGUGCAAGAGGGAGCGGGGGGAGACCCUUCCAUCAGUCAGAACUUCAAAGAUCCUCUCCCCCUUCGGGCAGCAGCCUGCACAAAUGAUAAACCUUGCUGUAAGAUCAGCAGAGCUGGGCUCUGCCAAAUCCAUUUUGGGAGAGAAUUUCAGUGAAAAGAACUUGUCAUUCCUUCCCCCACCCUUCCGUUUCACUUGAAACUUUGCAGCCCAGAAGUGCUGUGGUAGAUUGCAGCUCCAGCAGCAUCGAGGGGAGAGAUUCCUCAAGGAGAGAGGAAAAAAAAAAACACCUCUGGACAUCUUCUGUGUUAUCACAUGUACCAAGACAUGCAAAACACAGCGUACCUGAAGUAGGUCCCUGAUCUGCAGUGCUGGAGCUCUCAGCUGCAGCCCCACAUCGAGAUCAUUGCAGUAAAUGCUGUGGCCUGAGACAUGCUGAGCUCUGCAGUUGGUAGCAAAGAUCUGCCUGCCGAAGGUACAUGCUGAAGAUCUGUUGCUUAAUGGGCAAUAAAUAACAAGGGGAGGUAUUUAAUCAAGUGUGCUGGGAAAUACUGCUCUCGCAAAACGAUGUGCAUGUCCGAGAUACAGCAAACGCUCCCAGGGUCGGAUAGGAAGGGCAAAGGACUGUGAAGUGGGGCUGCUGAGCUUCAUCCCCGUGCUUGCAGGACUCGCGCAGAAGGAUUCUGGCUGCAAUGCUCCUUUUCUUUGCAGCCUAUGUCUUACCUAAACUCUGUGUAAGAAUUUUCAUAUUUCAUAAAUCUGUCAGUUUUGCUUGGGAGGUGGCUAGGGGGAUUUUAGCAUUCCCCGCAACGCUCCACUUUAAUGCGGUGACAUUCUGAAGGCUGGGCAUCGUAACCUCUCCAUUACAACUUUGACACAAUGAAGUGUCUCCUAAAUAAAAUAAUUCAGAGGGAUUGAUCCGGUGAACUUCAGGGUGCAUCUUUUCAAUUAUUUUUUUUAAAGAUGGAAGUGUUUUAUGCAUAUUGAGCAUGGGCUUCGUGGGAACAGGAGGGAAUGCUGAAAGCGGACUCAUGAUUUCAGCACGACUGUGAACUUAGCGCCACUGUUUCCAGGCCUCUUCUCUGUUGUAUGUAAAACAUUAAUGUUCUACGUGUUGUUCCAAAGGAUUUGUUUUAUAAAUGCCCCCAAUUCGACCUUCAGAACUGUCUGUUUGAAUCUGAGCAGAAGUGCGCUGGUCAGAAUUCAAAAAAUUAUAGCACAGGCAGCGGGUUUUUUAAUUGAGGCAUGCCAAAUACCAAAGGCAGAUGCUUUUUCAUUCUGUAGCUCCUGGAUACGCAUUCUACUUUUCGGUUUCAAGGACAAAGGAAACACUUAUCCAAUUAGAUGAGGCAUGAGAUUGUGACAUACGGGCUCUUUCCUUAAAUAAAAAAAUGUUGGAAAAAGA